CAUUUUUUGGUGUCAGAGUGAGUGGUCUUUUACUGAUUCUUAGUUCAGCUAGUAAAACAGCAUAUCUAAUUUUGGGUGAUUCUGACCGUAAGCCAAACCCGUUUACUUUAAGAGACUACACUCGGCUUCGGUGGGAUCCAUUUGAACUGGAUUCAACCCACUUUCUACAAAACUUCAAAUGCAUUGUGAAAAUAAUAGUUACUUAACACCAACCGACACUUUUUAAGGCAAAUUAUAAGCAAACAAAUUAAUUAAAACACCAUUCUCUUGAAAUAAGUCUAAUUAAUGCUCACAAAUUUUGUUUCACCCUUUUCUCAAUGGGUUUUGUUUUGGGGGUUACCGGGUUAGUGUUAAUAAAUUAUGAUUUAUGAAACCAUACACCGUGUGGAACGAAACAUUCAGUGUGGAGAAACAUAACUGAAGGUAGAGAAGAUCUGAGAAGAGAAACCGUGAUCGAACACUUCAAUAACUGUUACCGUUACUUGUUGUUCCGAAUUUCGCUUCUGGUGUGAACAGGCGUUUGUUGAAAAGGGACGGUUCCCGUAACAUUGCAAGAUAAGGGGGGGCUUGGUGGGUCUUCUUCUGUUGCCACCAACGAACCACAGAAGCUUGAGGUGAGGAAGAAGGAGAAUGUCUAUGAAGAGCAAGGGAGGAGGUUUAGAACUGAGUUCUAGGAAUUUUCUACAUAGGAAAUGGGCUCUUCUGCUUUGUGCGGCAAGUUUCUGUGCUGGAAUGUUGUUCACCAAUAGGAUAUGGUCAAUGUCUGAAUAUAAAGAAUUUUCAAGGACUUCUAGUGAGAUUGAAAGAAUAAAAUUAAACUCCGAGGAUUGUAAUCUAAAUCUAGUUGUAAGGCCAAACUCCAAUUACAGUCAAGUGGAAGUUUCAAAUACACGGAAUGUUGUCAACAAUGUUGUCAAGAAACCGAGGAAGUCAGAGACAGUUGAUUCAACUGCAAGGAAAAAAUAUUUCAUGAUUAUAGGCAUCAAUACAGCUUUUAGUAGCAGAAAGCGAAGAGAUUCUGUUCGUGCAACAUGGAUGCCACCAGCUGAGGAAAGAAAGAAGUUAGAGGAAGAAAAGGGCAUAGUCAUACGAUUUGUUAUAGGUCACAGUUCUACAUCCGGUGGCAUUCUUGACAGAGCUAUUGAAGCAGAGGAGAAGCUUCAUGAUGACUUUUUGAGGCUGAAUCACGUUGAGGGCUACCUAGAACUAUCAGCUAAGACAAAGACCUACUUUUCAACUGUUGUUGCCUUGUGGGAUGCAGAGUUUUAUGUCAAAGUUGAUGAUGAUGUUCAUGUGAAUUUAGCAACGCUUGGAUCGACUCUGACUAUGCACCGUACAAAACCUCGGGUGUAUAUUGGGUGCAUGAAAUCUGGUCCUGUCCUUGCACAGAAGGGAGUGAAAUACCAUGAACCAGAAUACUGGAAGUUUGGAGAGGUGGGAAACAAGUACUUCCGUCAUGCUACGGGACAACUAUAUGUCAUUUCACAAGAUUUGGCUUCGUAUAUAUCAAUAAAUCAGGAGGUGCUGCAUAAAUAUGCUAAUGAAGAUGUCUCAUUGGGAUCUUGGUUUAUUGGUUUAGAUGUGGAUCAUGUUGAUGAUAGGAGAAUGUGUUGUGGCACACCCCCCGAUUGCGAGUGGAAGGCGCAGGCCGGUAACAUCUGCGUGGCUUCAUUUGAUUGGAAAUGCAGUGGAAUCUGCAGGUCUGUUGAGAGGAUGAAAGAAGUUCACCAGCGUUGUGGAGAGGAUGAAAACGCAUUGUGGAGUGCAACCUUCUAAGCUAAAGAAUAUGAAUGGUGCAUGCAGGCUAUAAUAUACACGUAAGUAAGUAUGAGAGUAGUAGGAUAAUAUUAAUAUAGAUAGGUGUAGCUGCUAUUUGCUAUCAUAACUGAGGAGAUAACCCUUCUGCAGCCAAAGAGAAUGAAGAAGAGAAGAGUAUAGUAGCAACCAACCAACCCAUUCUUUUGUUAAGUGGCUGGAGGCCUUUGUAAUUUGUAUUCUAGUUCUCUGCCACGUCUAACGCUUGUUAAUAAUUACUUGUGUCUUUUAUUACAAGUUUAAUAUUAUAUUUUUAUUUGUUUC